CUUAACAAGGUUGGGCAUAAAUGCUAAAAUCACACCUCUGUUAAGCUAGUUAAGUCUCUACUGCCAGUGUUUCAAGUGGAACCUAAACUGGAGAAAAUUGUCAUCCUGCCUAUGAGUGAUGGGAGGUUGAGUCACAAAGGAAAUCUUGUCAAGCUCAUGUACUAGCUGCCAGCAUAGGGCAGCUGAGACCCUGAAGGAUGGGGACUAACAGAACCAUCUAGAAGGUAAAGAGUCUAGAUCCAGAGUGGGGCUAAAUGAAACAAGCCACGUGAAUGAGUAAGAUCUUGGAAGAAGACAGCAGAGAGAUCAAAGAUCCAGGAUUAAAACUUGGAGAAAUUUCACAGAAUAUCAUCCAAAAGAGGAGUCCAUGAUGGAGGCGGAGGUAAACUUGGAGAGCCUUGAGGAAGACAGGGAGACCAUUGUGGGGAAGCAGCACCCGAAUGAGGGAGCCAUUUGGGGCUGAAGCCCUCAGCUGUCCUGGAUGGUGCUAGGUCCAAGAACCUUUCUUGUCACCCACAAGUGGUUUCCUUUCCCCUAUUUGUAACACCUGGAAAGGAAGAUGCCACCCAAACGUAUAGCUAAGAGAAGGUCACCCCCAGAAGAUGCUCUCCCCAAAAGCAAGAAGGUGAAGGACCGUCGUAACCAGGCAGUGAGGGCUGUUGCCUCCCAUCGCGUUCCAGGGGCCCAGAGGCCGAGCCCUCCUGACCAGAAAACCCGACCAGUCUCCCAUAGGUCCCACAGCACAGAACCAGGCAUGGUGCUAACACUGGGCCAGGGCGAUGUGGGCCAGUUGGGGCUAGGCGAGAAUGUGAUGGAGAGGAAGAAGCCGGCCCUGGUGCCCAUUCCGGAGGACAUCGUGCAAGCCGAGGCUGGGGGCAUGCAUACUGUGUGUCUAAGCAAAAGUGGCCAGGUCUACUCCUUCGGCUGCAACGAUGAGGGUGCCCUGGGAAGGGACACAUCAGUGGAGGGCUCAGAGAUGGUCCCCGGGAAAGUGGAACUGCAAGAGAAAGUGGUACAGGUGUCAGCAGGAGACAGUCACACAGCAGCCCUCACUGAGGAUGGUCGCGUUUUCCUCUGGGGCUCCUUCCGGGACAAUAACGGUGUGAUUGGACUCUUGGAGCCCAUGAAGAAGAGCACGGUGCCUGUGCAAGUGCAGCUGACCGCGCCUGUAGUGAAGGUGGCCUCAGGAAAUGACCACCUGGUGAUGCUGACAGCUGAUGGUGACCUCUACACUUUGGGCUGCGGGGAGCAGGGCCAGCUGGGCCGUGUGCCUGAAUUAUUUGCCAACCGUGGUGGCCGGCAGGGCCUUGAACGACUCCUGGUUCCCAAGUGUGUGAUGCUGAAAUCCAGAGGGAGCCGGGGUCAUGUGAGAUUCCAGGACGCCUUCUGUGGUGCCUACUUCACCUUUGCCAUCUCCUGCGAGGGCCAUGUAUAUGGUUUUGGCCUCUCCAACUAUCAUCAGCUUGGAACCCCAGGCACAGAAUCUUGCUUUGUACCCCAAAACUUGACAUCCUUCAAGAACUCUACCAAGUCCUGGGUGGGCUUCUCUGGUGGCCAGCAUCAUACAGUCUGCAUGGAUUCAGAAGGAAAAGCGUACAGCCUGGGCCGGGCUGAGUAUGGGCGGCUGGGCCUUGGGGAGGGUGCCGAGGAGAAAAGUAUACCCACCCUCAUCCCAAGGCUCCCUGCUGUCUCCUCAGUGGCUUGUGGGGCCUCUGUUGGGUAUGCUGUGACCAAGGAUGGCCGCGCUUUCGCCUGGGGCAUGGGUACCAACUACCAGCUGGGCACAGGGCAGGAGGAGGAUGCCUGGAGCCCGGUGGAGAUGACUGGCAAGCAGCUGGAGAACCGUGUGGUCUUAUCGGUGUCCAGUGGGGGCCAGCACACAGUCUUACUAGUCAAGGACAAGGAACAGAGCUGAUGAAGCCUCUGCGGGCCUGGCUCCUGGCCCUGCCACCCUCUCUCCUGGAACUGGGAAGCUAUGACAACUACAGACUCCAGCAGGCCUCCCCCAGCCCCGAAUACUCUUGUCAUCUCCUGCCUUUUUCCUAUCAGCAGAACAGAAUCCUUUUCCUCUUCUCUGUCCUCCUUUCCUGAAUCAUCCUGCAACCUACAAGAUGAAGGGGAGUGGGGGGAAAUGGAAGAGGGGAGGGGGUUUUGGCAGCCGGAACAUUGCUCACCCCAGAGCUAUGUGGUUAGACCUUUCCCCCUCAUCCCUACCUCCAUGGUCCUGGCUGACCCUGGUUUUGCCUGCCAAAAACCAAAAAUUCCUCCCCUGGGGAUUUGGUGCCCACGUUCUGAAAAGUUGGGGAUUCUCAAGCCCUACUCUAGCCGUGUGCCACUCUCUGUCCUUCACAAUCCACAGGCAGACAGAUGGUAUGGUGGUCAGACCCAGCUGUCAUGGACCUAUGCCUGGGGGAAACCGGAGAUGGGGCAGGGCUGCCUAGCCAUGGACAACCCCAAGCCAAAUAUUUGGCCCUCAACAGAUGUCCAUGGGGAAGAAUAAACAAUGAUCCUCCACUUGAUCAAGAAAAAAGCCAAUCAGCCUUUCUCCCAGAAGCACAAAGCAUUCUGCCCUUCAGGCAUUGCCUGAGUAUCCUGCCCAUCUGACCUGCCUUACCUGCAGCCAAGGGCCUGACGUCUGGAAAGGAAGCUACAUCUGCAGGGCAGGACAUGGAGGGAGUGGGGAAGGAGAGUUUUAUAAACAAACUUAUAGCAAUAUUGAGAGUGAAGGGAGGGAGGGGAAAGGGGUCAGAAGGGCAGAGGCUGGUGCCCAGAAGGGGAAGCAGCAGCUUGUACAGUGGCUGAGAAAAUAGAAAACAGUUUUGAUUUUUUUUAAAUAUAAAGUAUUUUGGAGGGGAGAGUGAAAUCUUUUAACACUUUGAAUAAAUUUAGAGUUUUAUAAAACAGGCCACUUGUUUUUUACAUACUCCCUGCUUUUUUAAGGGAGCACCUGUCGUGUUGGAAAGAGCAGAAUAAACCCAUACCUAUGCACCUGGUCAAGGCUAGGACUUAAGUGAUGUCGUGAUGUCCUGGUAUGUGCCAGUCAGCUAUUGAUGUGACUGUUCCAUACAAGUCAAAAAAGAAAAGAGUUGAUUGAUUUUUGCUUAGGUACUUAUGUUUCAGGAAUCAGUGGAUUUUAAAAAAAAAAAACCUAUGCUGCAUAAUGUGAGACAUGGAAUGGAUCUUUUAAUAUCCUAAUCCCAAACCAAGAUUUGAGUACAGUACAUAUCUACAAAUACUUGCACUAAGCUUGCUGUUAUAUCAUUCUCAACAGCUGAUGUAAUUGAUUAAACAUGGUUAACUGCACAAUAACUCUUAAGACUACUUAAUACAGAAAGAAAAAAAAAAGACUACUUACUACGAGUAUUAAUGUAGAUCUUCCCAGGCACUUGAGCAACCAAAUCAUACAGCUGACCUGUCUACAAUGGUGGUCACUAGCUACAUGUGGCUAUUUACAUUUAAAUAAAUUACAACUUGUAAAAAUUUUAAAUUAAUUUCCUUGGUUGCACUAGCCACAUUUCAAGUGCUCAGUGGUCCUGUAUGGCUGGUGCCUGUGGUAUUGGGCUGUGCAAACAUAGAACGUUUCUAUAAUUGCAGGAAGUUACAGUGGACAGUGCUGAUCUAGAAGGUCUUUACAUGUAUAACAGGAAGUUUUUAUUAUCACCAAAAGGAUUCGUCUUGGACGUCAGUGACUUGGAAAAAUGAAUAUGAUGUAAAAGAACUUCAAAUGUAUUCUGUGAUUUUUUCCCCCCUUAAGUUUUAGUUUUGAUACAGGCAAUAUACUGAUUGGAAAUUGACCUCUUAGAAGGGACACCACACUUUUGAUUCUAAUAUUUUCUUUGUAAAGAAGCACUUGUGUGUGUGCUGCUCCUCCUCACUGCCCCCAGAAAAGUCCAUUUGGUUUAGACUUACUGGAAUUUUCCCUUCUGACAGGAUAACAUGAUGAAAAUACCCUGUUCUUAAUAACAGCUCUUCUGUAUUGGGACUUAAAAUGGGCCAGGCAUUGUGCUGAACACUUUACAUGCAAUAAUAGCUCUUUCAAUCCUUACAUCAGCCCUGCGAAGUCAGACUUUUCCCUCGGGAAACAGUCCCUAAGAGUUAUGACUUGCUUAAGGUCAAGAAGCUAGCUACCAAAUGCACGAACUAGCAAACGAGGCUGGAAUCUAAGUCAGCCUCUUUCUGAGCCUAGAACAUCAAAUCCUUUUCCUUGUAUUGCACGUAAGUGUUAUAAAGCUCUCUGUAGGUGCUUUACAUAUAUGAGAACAGUGUCAGGCACAUAGUACUCUAUAAUAUGCUCUUUGCUGUUACAAUUGUACGUUUUUUUCUGUUCCCUGUAGUUAAUAAUUGUCCUGUUUUUCACAUGCAUAGAUUUUUGGUGUUAGGUAUUAAUUUAGCGCCAAAAUCUUAAGUGUAAAUUUCCUUUUGUUCAAACACAUUGAGUACUCUGUUUUAUUUUUUCCCCCAUCCUCCUCCAACCUGGAUUGAUUACCCCAAAACAAAUGUAAUCAUAGUACAUAAUGUGGCUCUGCUAUAAAUAUUUACAAAGUU